GGGGAGAGCUGAUAAGAUGGGACUCCCAGACCGUGACAGGUGUUUGUGACGCCACCUCCAUGGAGCCUAUCACGUGUCCUCCACCAGCCGUCCCAGAGUUCCGUUCGGCAAACGGCCGUUGUAACAACCGGCACAACCCCCUGUGGGGAAGUGCUGAGCAACCCUUCAAAAGGCUGACGGGACCACUCUACGACGACGUUCUUAUGACACCCCGAACCACUGGACGUGACGGCACCCCCCUCCCCAGCGCGCGGCUGGUCAGCAGGACCAUGCAAGAGGACCUGCGGAAAUCCAGCUACGUCAACACCCACAUGGUCAUGCAGUUCGGACAGUUCCUGGACCACGACAUCACUCUCACGCCCAACUUCCAGGAAGAAGGUCUCCACUGUACCUGUGACUCCGAUGACGAACGCUGUUUCAACAUCGACAUCCCCUUUGACGACCCUGACUUCCCAGGGAGGCGCUGUUUGCCGUUCGCUCGCUCCCGAUCCUGUCCGAACGAAUGGUGCCGCUUAGGCAAACGGCAGCAGCUGAACCAGCUCACCGCCUUCGUGGACGCCUCCAACGUCUACGGCUCCUCGGACGAAGAGAUGGAGGCGCUCAGAGAGCACUCUGUACACAGUUGGCAACAGAUCGCCGGACAGCUGAUGAAGUUCGUGUCGGUAGGUCGAUCAGGUGUUUGGGCAGUGGAUAAUUAUGACCGAAUCUACUACAGAACUGGAACUUACCAGAACGAAGCCUCUCCGGGCACGGGCUGGGUGCGCAUCGACGGCGAGCUGGAACAGAUCUCAUCAGGAAACAACAUCGUGUGGGGAGUCAACAGAAAUAACAUCUGGAUCCGGACAGGAAUAAGUUCCAGGUAUCCCAAAGGAACUGGCUGGCGCCAGAUUCCAGGACAGUUGAAGCAGGUGCAUGUCAGCCCGACCAGCAAUCAGGUGUGGGGCGUCAACUCCGGGCGUUCCGUCUUUCGUCGGACCGGAAUCACCGCAAGCAAUCCAGCAGGGACAGACUGGCAACAGAUCAACGGGGUGGCGAUGAAAUUCGUCUCGGUUGGACGAGCCGGCGUUUGGGGCGUCAACAGCUACAACCAGAACUUUUACCGCACGGGAACGUUUUGUAAUGAAGCUUCAGCAGGAUAUAGCUGGAUACAGGUCGGCAGUGGCUUGAAACAAAUCACGUCUGGGGACGGCGAGGUCUGGGGUGUCAACAGUAACAACCAGAUCUACGUACGACGAGAUUUAAGUGCUGAGAGACCUCAAGGCAGUAGCUGGGAGCUAAUCGAAGGAGAUCUGAAACAAGUUUACGUCAGCUCUAGCAGCAACCAAGUAUGGGGUGUGAGCUCAGCCGGCAGCGUCCACAGAAGGAUCAAACAAAUAGUUUCAUCAGGAGCGCGCGGCCUGCUGAAGUCCAGACCGAACCCUGCAGACGAAAACAAGAAGGAGCUCCUACCCGCCGCCAUGGAGGAGGAAUUUGAGUGUGACGGAUUUACAGGCAGCGAGACGUGCUCGCAGGCUGGGGACGUCCGUGUGAACGAGCAGCCGGGACUGACCUCCAUGCACACCGUCUUCCUGCGGGAACACAACAGGAUCGCCAGGCGGCUGUCCCAACUCAACCCGCACUGGGACGACGAUCGUGUGUUCUUCGAGACUAGGAAGAUCGUCGGCGCGCUGAUGCAGAAGAUCACGUACGGGGAGGACCUUCCUCACGUUGUCGGUCCGUGGGCCAUGUAUGCAUUUCAACUGUCCCUCACCCCAAACGGUCAGUUCUACUCUGGGUACGACCGCUACAUCAACCCCACCAUUUCUAACGUCUUCGCCACGGCAGCCUACCGGUUCGGCCACAGUCUGGUUGAUAACCAUUUCCUCCGCUAUGAUCCGGACUUCAACGAGGCUAGCGUGUGCCCAAUUCGGUUGGCCUUUUCUUUCUUCAAUCCAUCCCCCGUCCUCAACAACGACCAAGGCGGCCCGGACUCCAUCCUACGGGGACUGACCACCCAGCCCCAUCAGGACUUCGACCGGUUCAUGGUCUCGGGCCUGACGAAGAAGCUGUUUGCGGACCCUCCCGGGUCAGAUCGCGGCCUGGACCUGGCGGCACUGAACAUCCAGCGGGGCAGAGACCACGGGCUGCCCGGCUAUAACACCUUCAGGGCGAGGUGUGGCCUCCGCGCUGCGACGAGUUUUGACUUCCUGGCGAGGGAGAUCCCUGACGCCACCAUGCGAGAGAGACUGCGGAGUCUGUACAGAAACGUAAACGACAUCGACGUGUUCGUGGGGGGUCUUGCCGAAGAGUCCUCGCCGGGCGGUAUCGUCGGUCCAACCUUCGCCUGUCUGAUCGCCCAGCAGUUCCAGGACCUCCGCAAGGGGGACCGCUUCUGGUUCGAGAACCGCGGGCAGUUUACCGCAGCCCAGCUUACGGAGAUCAAGAAGACCAGUCUGGCCCGGAUCCUGUGCGACAACACGGACGGCACCACACACAUGCAGCCGGACGUCUUCAUGCUGCCCACACAGCCGGGGAACGAGAGGGUGGCGUGCUCCUCUCUGUCCCAGAUGGACCUGACCAAGUGGCAAGAGUCGGGGCAUCAUUCUCGUGGCCUUCCGGAGUCGCUGGAAGGAGAGAACGUCACCAUGUCUGGCCGGGAAUUUGAAGACCACGACGCCGACGAAAAACUUGAGCGGGUGGCUGAGGAAGCCCGCACCCUCCUCGAGCUGCUGCGCGGGGAACAGGAGAACAUCUACCGGGAGGAGAACGCCAGGCCCGGCGGCGAGUUAGACACCAACGACAUCGGGUACAUCGAGCCUGAGGAGUACGGCCAGGACAUGGCCAACGACUUGGAGUAGACC